CCCCGGUAAGCCCCAGAGUGGGCGGGGCCGGGGGGAAGUGCCGGGCGGGGCCGAGCUGUCUCCCCGUCAGUGCUGCCGCUGCCGCCGCCGCCGCCGCCAUGGCCACCCCGGAGCCCAGCUACUCUCGCUUAUCCCUCGAGGAUGACUUCAACUACGGCACUAGCGUGGCUUCUGCAAGCGUCCACAUCCGAAUGGGUUUUCUGCGUAAAGUCUACAGCAUUGUUUUUCUUCAAGUUCUCUUAACUACUGUGACAUCAGCAACUUUUAUGUACUUUAAUAGCAUACAGAUCUUUAUAUCUAAAAGCCCUGCUUUGAUGUUGGUGUCUCUCCUCGGAUCUUUUGGUUUGAUUCUGGCAUUGAUGUUAUACAGGCAUAAACAUCCUAUUAACUUUUACCUGCUCUUUGGAUUUACACUUUUGGAAUCUUUGAGUGUUGCUGUAGCAGUGACUUUCUAUGAUGUGUAUGUUGUUCUGCAAGCUUUUAUGUUGACUACUGCAGUAUUUCUUGGUUUGACUCUAUACACUUUACAAUCCAAGAGAGAUUUCAGCAAAUUCGGAGCCGGGCUCUUUGCCUUUUUGUUUAUUUUGCUCUUGUCAGGAUUUUUGAGGUUCUUCUAUAAUAAUGAAUUGGUGGAGGUCAUCUUUUCUGCAAUGGGAGCUCUUCUGUUCUGUGGAUUCAUCAUUUAUGACACUCACCUACUGAUGCAUAAACUGUCCCCUGAAGAGUAUAUAUUGGCCGCCAUCAACCUCUACUUGGAUAUUAUUAAUCUGUUCCUGCACCUAUUGCGUUUAUUAGAAGCAUUUAAUAAAAAGUGAUUGAGGACAAUAAAAUGUUUGAUUAAAUAAUGAGGCUUGGAAUAUAGAUGGUGAGAUUGAAGCUUUACUAUUUUUUCAUAUCUACCUGCUACCAGAUUUUUGAUUUAGAACUUAGAAUAAUGUUUCAUAUUGCUCUCCAUUUGAUUUUGGAUUCUCCAUCAAAAUGUUUAAAUUUAAUAGCUCUAACAAUAUUUAUUCUUUGUAAAGACUAGAAUUAGGUUUUGCAACCAAGGAAAUUCUUAAUUAAGGUUUUAUGUUGACUUUCAUUUCAGUAAUGAGGCAUUAAAAAUCUUGUCAUUUUUUUUCCUGCUCUAAAUUUGCCAUAGGUUGAUAGUUUGCAAUUGAGAAUUGAAUCAUGAAUACAUAAUAUAAAAUUAAGGCUUUCUUUGUAGAGUGAUUUUAUUUUUUAUAUUUCUCCUUAAGUACUAUUUUGAAAGUUUUUAUUUGAUUUGCAUUAUAUUUUGAAGGCUUAGUUCCAUUAAUCUUAAUCAGAAAGAAAGUAUUUAAUUGAACAUUUUGGAGCUGUGCAACUGACACUUUCAGAAUAUUCAGUAUUGUAAUAAAAGAUCUAUUUUAAGAUAAAGUAUAAACAAUUACAAAUAUUUAAAUGCUGUAUAGGUUUAACUUUAAAUUCAGAACAUGUUCAUGUAUGUAGGAUAUGCAUAUGCUAUUAAACAACCUGCAUUUCAAAAUGUAGGCAGAAAAA